ACAGUGACAAGCAAAAAUUUUGGAAAUAACUUUUUUGUCAAAAAUGGAUUCACAAGACGAAUGGUACAGAGACAAAUUAUCAAAUUUGAUCCAAGAAGACCUACGAAUUCCUACUCUGAGCGAACUCAGAGAGCAACUGAGCAGUUUGUCAAAGGAUGAAUUCAAUAGGAUAGUGACCAACUUGCAACUACCCUUGGUUUUUGAUUGCUUGAACGACACCAAUUCCCAGCAAGUUGAUUUAGCUUGUGACGUACUCACUCUAUGCCUAAACAACUUGACUCUAGAAGAAAUCACUAAUCGCUACUCUAGUGAUCUCGAAAGAGCCCUAUUGCACCCGUAUACUUCUGUAAAAACUAUGGCCCUACAAGAAAUCAAAAGGUCACUAGACGACGAGGAAAGCUUAGGGGCUUUCUGUCAGCAAACCUCCAUGCUAGUGAACGUAGUGUCAUGUAUUGGUGAUUCUCAAUUGGGCCCCGCUAAAAUUGCUUCGGAUAUUGUUGUGGCUUUGGGUGCCACUCUUCCGGGAGCAAACAAAAUUACCACCAAUGAAAUAUUAGUGGUUAUUGAGAAUUUGAUGAAUAUGAAUGAAAUUGUUAGACUUCGUGUUUAUGAGAUGAUCAUUCGAAUAUCAGAACAGUCGGAAUAUUGUUUUGAGAAAUUUCAAGCAGCAGGAUUCAUGAAAAAAAUAAUAGAUGGCCUUAAAAAUGAUGAUAUUUUAUACACGAUGAACACGAUACAAAUUUUAUCGCAACUGGCCGACUGCGAGCACGGCUACAACUUUCUGGAACGCACUGACACUCUGAAUAAAAUAUUUUCUUUGCUCACUGAAGACGAGUUAAAAGUAUAUUGGUGCGAACCAGGUAUUUUGAAAUUUUUUGGAUCAGUAAGCCAAAAAAGACCCCAUGAAAUAAUAGUAAAACACCCAAAACUAAUAAAUCGUUUAUUUGCAAACAUUGAAUCCAGUGAUGCCACUGUUAUCGGCAUUUCCUUGGACACAAUUGGUUUAAUGGGGCAAACAUCUCAAGGAAAAGUUGCCUUAGCUUCAACUGGAACCCAAAUAGAUGGCACCAUAAGGACAAUUUCCCAUCUUAUUAAUUCUUUGCCCACUGAAAUUCGAGUAAGGGCACUGAAUUGCAUUGAAAACCUUCUCAGAACCGACAGGUUUGAUAUUGCAGAAAUAACAGAAAAGUGGUUUCAUUUAUUAGGCAAAAAUCCAAUGGAAAUGAUUACUAGAUACGCUAAAAACCCCUUUGUUGACUUACGGCUUGCUGGUAUUGGUAUAAUUAAUGCUUUGGCAAGGCAACAAUGGGGACAGAAAGCCAUAAGAGACACUCCAGGCUUGAUUGAGUAUCUACUAGAUAGAAGACUGGAAACCAACAAAGAAUGCAAAGAAGCAAAAUUCGAAGUCAUCAGAUUGUUAUCUGGAAGUUUAUUGUUUGAUAGGCACGUGCAAGAUAAAAUGACUGAAUUUAUUAAAGAGGGGCCGUUUUAUGUUCAAAUUGUUACUGAAGUUGCUGUUGAAGGAGAUUGAAUUUUAAAUAAAAAACAAAAUUAUGUUUUAUUUGUUUAAAGUAGCUUGUAGUUCACCCAUGGCCAACAAAACCAUUUUAAUGUGUACUUUAACUUUAACAGCCAAUUCUCUUAGAUGAUUAAUUUCUUUUUGCAACAGCCUCAGUCUGAUAUCGGCAUAUUUGUCAGCUUCUUCGCAAUUCAUUUCCAGCUUGUAGUCCAAACCAAUGUCCACGUAAGUUGUUUCAUAGUCGCAUAUUUUUGCAAAUGCGGUUACAUUGUUUUCUAGGUCUAGUAAAAUGUUCAUGUCGCGGUCUUUUUCUUUGAAUUCUUUUAGUACUUUAAGGGUGUUUUUCAAGUCGGUCCAUUCCUUGGUUUGACUGGAUUUUUCCGUUAAAACCGAUUCGAUGUCUCUGAGGUCCGGUUUCAGUUUUCCUUCAACGAAUUGAUUGUAUUCUUGGAGUUUCUUUUGGAUUUCCAUUUUGUUGCAAAUCAGAAUUCUGCAAAGAGGGGUCAGAAUUUGGGAAUGAAUUGUUUGCUUUUUGUAUGAAGUUUUUAGUUUUUAGAUAAUUUUCUCAUAAACUUACCCAUAUAAAAUUUAGUGUAAAUUCAACUAAAUAUUUCAUAUAACAUAGAUAUUUAAUUGUUCAAAGCUGUUAUAGCAUUUAAACAAAAAAAAAACACCUUUAAUUUUGUGAAUUUUAAAUAAAAUAAAAAAUAGGGUUAUGUUUUUGUUUUGCUUAUGAUUUGGGUUUUCAAAUGAUAGCGUUUUCAUUUUACUUUGCUCUUGAUCUGGGUUGGAAACGGACACAUUUUUAAAACAUUUUGGUGUUUAAAAAUUCUGUACCUAAAACGAGCGUAAAGUAUCUUUGGCGCGUCGUUUGUGCAAACGCUGUUGCGUGCGGAAAAGUAUAACUUUCCGCAUUGUUAGGUAAAUAACUAUACUUUUUCAAUUGUAAUUAAGAAAGUAUUGUAAUAAUUCAGAUUUUUCAAAUGUAAAGGCUUUUCAAAUGGAUAUC